AUGUUGCUGCUGUUUGUUUUUCUACUAACCUGGAUUCUGAACACCAACGCUCUCUCUAUUUCCACUAGAAUAUCGAAGAAAGCGCUGUUGGCCGAUCUCCAAAAGAGCUAUACUCCCGAAUCAAUCAUAGACAAUGUUGGAAAACAUGUCUCAGUUGACAUCGACCCAGAAGGCAGUGUCGCGAGCCUAGUCCUUGUUCGGUUGUCCAAGCAACUGAUUGCACUUGACAAUAAUGGAGACCCAUACAAAGACUCUUUCGACGCUGGUACCCUUGGGAAAAUCGUACAGUCCUUUGCAUCUUCAAACUGGAACUCGUCAGCUCAAGCCAGAGAAGCAGCUACCGAAGGAACCAAAGCGUCAGCUGUCCUAUCGAAGCUUUUAUCACUCCAGUCUUCAAACUUAUGGGAGCCGCUACUGAAGAAAUGGAAAGACACCGAUGCUGGCGAAUUUGAGCCGCAUCAGAUAUCUGGGAUUGCGUGGUCGUUCGAUGUUCUAUCUAAUGACUAUAAUCUACCAAUACAAUUUCAAGAGGCUUUCGAUAACCUCGGGCUCCCAUUUCGGAUUCGAGCAAAUAUGUGUGGAGAUUUUGAUGGCUUGACGGUUUUCAACCUAGUAGAUCAGGUCAACUUUCGAACGGAAGAGAUUCGAACCAAGUCCAACAAAACCGUCCGAGAAAGACGACAAACUGCUUGGGAAGGGGACGACCAUGUCGCUCCCUUUGCUUAUUCUGGGAAAAAUAUGGAUAGGGAUGAUUGGUCACCGCUGGUAAAAACUGUUCGUGAUCAUCUCAACAAACAAACAGGUCAAUACUACGAUGGCUGUUUAUUGAAUUUGUAUCCUGAUGGUGGCUCGGGGAUGAGGUAUCAUAUCGACCCUGAUCAGGGUACUCUCUGGGCUUUUGAAACAGCUGUUGUUAGCGUGGGAUGUACUCGGCGUUUUGCUUUUCGAGAGAUCCCAUCUAGCGGUAGCUCCUCCAAUGCAAAGCCACAUGUGUUUGUCUUGUUUCAAGGAGAUGUGACGGAAAUGUUUGCGGAUUGCCAAACUCGUUUUCAGCACACUGUGAGAACGGCAGAAUCCAAAAACGAGAAUGCUCCACGAGCCAGUCUGGUCUUUAAGAGAACUUUAUAG